AUGCGUGAGGGUCUGAGUUGCGACUUGACCUUUGAGAGCCAAGUUACCUGUCCACUUCUUCUGAGGGUGUUCUGUAAUAACAAUCGUCACCAUCAGGAACACGAGUUUUCUCGAGGAACAGUCCCAGCCAACGAACUCCAGAUCUACACAUGGAUGGAUGCCACUUUGAAAGAGCUAUCUAGCCUAGUGAAGGAAGUCAACCCCGAUGCACGGCGGAGGGGGACGUACUUUGACUUCGCCAUCGUCCACCCGCACCAGAGGCGCCAACAAGCCUACCAGAUGAGGGAGAUCGGGAUGACCUGCUCAGGACGCAAGGGACCCGAUGAUUCCGUGACCCUGUCGGCGCAGAAUUUCGUCAUCGGCGAUUAUAUCGAUAUCGCCAUCACCUUGCCUCCGAGGGGCGGGCUCGGAGAACGGGGAGGAGGAGGGGGGAUGGGAGGCGGCGGGAUGGGGAUGGGAAGAAGAGGAGGUUGGGGGCGGUGAUAGAAGUAAGGCUACAUGUUCUAGGUAGUAAGUCAGAAUGAGAUUGAUUCACAGGGGGGGGGGGUGAAUUUGAGAUGGUGUGGGGGAAGAGUUUGAAAAAAUUGUGGGGGGGGGGAGGUCUUCAACCCUGGAUAGACUUGGAAACUGAAGGAUGCAUGGUACAGUAUAUUUUCAAGAACUGGCAAACGUCACAUAUGAACCACCUAAUUCAAAGUAAGCUAUUGAAGAUUUAUACAAUUUUGCCUACCAAUAGAUCUUUUUCCUUUCUAUCCCUGAUGAAAUGUCCAUAUUGAUUGAAUCAAUAUGAAGACUUGGAGACUUGGCGUCACAUUAGUAGGCUGUCUGACAUAAAAUCACAAGUUAGAUCACAGUUUAAGUCAAACCAGAAAACGGGCUAUCUGUUUGUACACAGGUUUCAUGGUAUGCUGAUGCACAGCUUGGGAAAUUAUCAGUAGAACAUACCAUUUGGGACCUUAGUAGGAAAGUGGUCUAAUAAUUAUAUCCAAACUGUACAGCAUGAUGUAAGUGGACCACAAUUUUUGGAACCCAUCCAUGUUAUAUGUAACAUAUCUUUUUUGCAAAAGCCUUCUGGUUAUUAAGGGCAACUUGGAAAAAAAUAAGCUAUGUCAUGUUGCUCUAUUUUAGAUUGUAUGUUACAUUGAAAAAAACAUUAUUAAUACAUAAUAAAUGGUUAUAUUAUUAAAUUUCAAUGUAGAAAUUUGCUUUCAGGGCCCCGGUCUUACAAUAAGUUGUGAUUGAUUCAGUCAGUCAAUCAAUCUUAACUGUGAAACUCUCCCCGACAUCACAGGGGCAUAUUUCAAAUAGUUAUGUACCCAUUCCAAAUGAAGAUAUCGGUGACUGGUGAAUUUCAGAGUUGAGAUCGUAAAACACUUGUUCAUGUGUGAUAGUCACAUCAGUCACGAUCAGGAGCCCGUUGCAGAAAGAGUUGCAAUCAAUCGCAACUCUAACUAUCUAUUGCAACUUGAUUUUCAACCAAUCAACAGCGCGCAUUUGGGACUUGCAAUUGAUUUUUUGGCUUGCGUUUAAACGCAACUCUUUCUGCAACGGACCCCUGAAUUUCUUCUUAAUUUCUAGAAUUUCUUUCACUUGUUAAAUGAAGAAUUAUAAUGACAUUGACGGCUUCCCAUACAUAGGCGUGAUGAGAUCGAUCACAACUUUUCGUAAGACCUGGUUCAGGUGUCUAUACUCUAGUCUGCUGCUACACAAAAAUUCCUAAUUUUCAUUGUACCCGUUUGAUAAAAACAGGUCUGUUCUCCUGUAGACAUUAAUUUGCAUUCAAUCGAUGAAAAUCAUACUGGGUAACUGGUUCAGGUCUUCUAGAAAUCAUAUUUUACCAAAUCUGUAGCAAUUAUGUUAUCUCUGUGUUAUGUACAGGUGUAGUGAUUCCAUCAGCAAAAUUUAUAGUUCUAAGUAGUUCAUUAGAUAUAUGUCAAUUUUAUUGUAUGGGAUUGUGAAACGUGUCUAUAUUGUACAAGUUUGUAGGUUAUGAGUUGCAAGUAACGGUUCAUUUCAGGCCAAAAUCAGAAUUUUAUGAUAAUUUUUAACAUUUGCCAGUAUGGGUGUUGAGUUAAUGGCAUUUUUUAUUUUGACUUUUCAUUUUAGACUUUUUAAUUAUAUAUUUGAUUUGGUCAGAUAAAUUGACCUUAAAAGUCAUAUGCCAUUCACCAUAAAAGUUCAUUCUAUUUGCCCUGGAUUGGGGGGGGGGGGGGUCAUUUGUUUGCAGAUACAUGUAGCUGUGUGACCCAUAUGGAGUGAAGAGCACAUUGUGUAAAUAAAUCAGUUAAUUAUUUGUAAUGUUCAGUAGGUUGUUUUUAAAUAUUAUCUGACAUUUAUUUCAUGUGACAUUUGUAAUGUUGCGGAAAAAUUUUCAAGUUGCGAUUUUGUCCAGAUACACAAAUUGUUCAGACUUGUUCAGACACCAUGUGUGGUUAGGUAAACUUGUCAGAUAGAUCAGACAUUUUUUUUCUUUUGGGGGGGGGGGGGGGAUGGGUGCUUCACAAAGAUUUAGAGUCAUGCUUGAACACCAAUGCGCACAGGUCAUUUAAUGAGUAAUCUGGUUGAUCUGUCCAGUGCGGUGAUGCAUUAUAAUGCACGCUUAUCGCUACUGAAAAACUUAAAUUUCAGUGCGAAUCAUAGUCACACUUUGUGAAACACCCCCUUAUAUUUUUAUGUGAUGGUCACUUGUGUUUUAUUUCAUUUCCAAAUGCACAUUAGAAUUUGGUAUCGUUUUGCAUUUAUACAUUUUUUUUCUUCUGUCCUUUUUUAAAUUGUCACUUUUUAAAGGAAAUAAUUUUCUGUGUUUGAAAUGGGGUAAACGUGGAGGAUGUAUGUGUAAAACUGUAAAUAAAUCUUUGUAUCAUAAA